UUCAAUGUUUCAUCUGUUAUUAUUUGCGGGCUCUGUAAGAAAGAACACCGAAAAUGGAUCACAACGAUGAAUCUAAACACAAUGAACCUAUGGAUCUGGAUGACAUAUUACCACAAGUAGGAGAAUUCGGAACUUACCAGAAAUGCAUGUUGUGGUUUGUUUGCUUACCUGCAUGUUUUCCAUGUGGAUUUGGAGCCUUCAAUCAAUUAUUUAUGGCCGAUGUACCGGACCACUGGUGCUGGAUACCACAGUUAGCUAAUAUAUCAGUACACGAACGUAUACAAUUGGGUAUUCCACAAUAUAACGAUGGACAUAGUAAGUGCACAAGAUACAAACUCGAUUGGUCGUAUAUUGAUAAUGACCAUCUAAACGAGUCUCAACUAGAAUCAUGCUUAGAUGGUUGGGAAUACAACAAAAGUGAAAUUUGGUCAAGUAUCGUUAUAGAUUUUGAUUUAGUAUGCGAGAAAGAUUUGUAUCCAACGCUCGGUUUGGUCGCUUUAAAUGUGGGUGGGCCAAUCGGAGUUUACUUCUUUGGUUGGCUAAAUGAUAAAAUUGGAAGAAAAAAGUCUUUUUUCAUGUGUUUGACCACUUUGUUAACUGGAGGAAUUUUGACUGCAACUGCUAAAAACUUUUGGUGGUGGGCUGGGAGCAGAACAAUAGUUGGACUGACAAUUCCUGCUAUUUAUCAAAUUCCAUUUAUAAUAUCAUUAGAGCUAGUUGGACCAAAUUUCAGAUCAUUUGUCACUGUUAUGACUUGCAUGUUUUACUCUUUGGGGAUAAUUUUACUGGCCGGAAUAACCUAUAUGAUAAGAGAUUGGGUUAUUCUAUCAUAUAUCACAUGUAUACCAUUUUCUCUGUAUUACGUAUAUAUAUUUUUUUUACCCGAAAGUCCAAGGUGGCUGUUAACUAAAGGUAGAUUUGAAGAAGCUUCUAGAAUACUAGAAAAAUUAGCUGAAAUAAAUAAGAAGGAGUUACCUGUAAGCUUUAAACAAGAGCUGAAACAUCGAAUGAUGGUGAAAAGAAGUAACAGUGAAGAAGAAAAGCUUAGAAAUGGUCCUGGUCUAUUUUCAUUAUGUCGAACGCCGAAUAUGAGGCUUAAGACAAUAUUAAUAACGUUGAAUUGGUUUGCAACUGAAAUGGUGUAUGUCGGGUUAAGCUAUUACGGUCCAGCGUUGGGCAACAAUCAGUACCUCAGUUUCACCUUGUCGUGUGCAGUGGAGAUCCCUAGCUAUUUAAUGUGUUGGUUGAUAAUUGAUAGGUGGGGCCGGCGGUGGCCUUUGUGCCUUUCUAUGAUUAUAAGUGGCAUAAGUUGCAUCGCUACUGUUUUACUUCCUCAAGAUGCUGUCACUGCUACAUUGAUUUUAUAUUUAAUAUCUAAAUUUGCCAUAGCUGCAGCCUUCUUGAUAAUUUAUCCAUUUUCUGGGGAACUGUAUCCGACUGAGAUAAGAGGCAUUGGUAUUGGCAUUUCCUCUUAUAUUGGUGGUCUAGGUCUAAUCAUAAUACCAUUCAUAACGUAUUUGGGUUCAGACAAUCUGAUUUUGCCUUUAAUGAUAAUGGGUAUGGUGUCAGUGAUAGGAGGGGUUUUAUCUCUUCGUCUACCCGAAACACUGCAUCAUAAGUUACCUCAGAGCAUUGAGGAAGGCGAAGAAUUCGGGAAAGACUUUGGAUUUGAAGAUUGCGUUCGUUGUAUACCACUAAGGCCUGCUGGAAUAGUGAUCGAUGAAUACGAGGAUUUAGAAAUGAAUCAUCUAAAAGUCGAAGAGCAGGAUGAAGAAACGCCGCUCGGAAACUUAGCACAUAGAACGCGGUCAGUUCGAAGCCUAGCUAAACAAAAUAGUUUUAUGGAUACUCAGAAAGAUCUAGAUGGAACUAUGAAAAUGACAUAUUGGUUCUAAGUAAGAAUAUCUGAAACACAAAUUAUUUGAUUAACAAGU